AAAGCGCGCCCUCUGGAAGCGCCCUCGAUCCGCUCCGCUCCCCGCCUCUCCCCGCACCCGGGGCUCCCCGGUGCCCAGGAUGGGCCGCCGAGCCCGACGAUAGAGGCGGCGGAGACCAUGGUGGCCGCGCCCGCCGGCUGCGAUGCCCACUGAGGCCAUGCCGGGCCCCCGGCGCCCUGCCUGCGCCCGCGCGCGCUGCCUGCUGCCCCUGCUGCCCCUGCUGCUGUUCCCGGGCAGCCACGCAGACACCCUGACGGUAGCCGUGGUGCUGCCUCUGGCCAACACCUCGUACCCGUGGUCCUGGGCGCGCGUGGGACCGGCGGUGCAGCUGGCGCUCGCCCGGGUGAAGGCGCGCCCGGACCUGCUGCCGGGCUGGACGGUCCGCACCGUGCUGGGGAGCAGCGAGAACGCGCGGGGCGCCUGCUCGGACACCGCUGCCCCGCUGGCCGCGGUGGACCUCGAGUGGGAACACCACCCCGCCGCGUUCCUGGGCCCGGGCUGCGUGUACGCCGCCGCCCCGGUGGGACGCUUCACGGCGCACUGGCGGGUGCCGCUGCUGACCGCGGGAGCCCCGGCGGUGGGCUUCGGGGUCAAGGAAGAGUUCGCGCUGACCACCCGCUCGGGGCCCAGCCACGCCAAGCUAGGCGACUUCGUGGCGGCGCUACACCGACGGCUGGGCUGGGAGCGCCAGGCGCUGGUGCUCUACGCCGACCGGCCCGACGAUGACGAGCCCUGCUUCUUCCUGGUGGAGGGGCUGUACAUGCGCGUGCAAGACCGCCUCAACAUCACCGUCGACCACCUGGCCUUCGCCGAGGGCGACCGCGACCACUACACCCUGCUGCUGCGGACCGUGCGGCGCAAAGGCCGAGUUAUCUACAUCUGCAGCCCCCCAGACACCUUCAGGACCCUGAUGCUGCUAGCCCUGGAUAUUGGCCUCACUGGGGAGGAUUAUGUUUUCUUCCACCUGGAUAUCUUUGGGCAAAGCCUGCAAGGGGCACACGGCCCUGCUCCUCGCAGGCCCUGGGAGAGAGGAGAUGGGCAGGAUGCCAGUGCCCGCCAGGCCUUCCAGGCUGCCAAAAUCAUCACUUAUAAAGAACCAGAUAAUCCUGAGUACUUGGAAUUUCUGAUGCAGCUAAAACUCUUGGCCCAGGAACAGUUCAACUUCACCUUGGAGGAUGGUCUGGAGAACAUCAUCCCAGCAUCCUUCCACGAUGGGCUCCUGCUCUAUAUCCAGGCAGUGACAGAGAUUCUGGCACAAGGGGGAAGCGUCACUGAUGGAGAGGACAUCACUCAGCGGAUGUGGAACCGAAGUUUCCAAGGCGUGACAGGAUACCUCAAGAUAGACAGCCGUGGAGAUCGGGAGACAGACUUCGCCCUCUGGGAUACAGAUCCUGAGACUGGUGCCUUCAGAGUUGUACUGAACUACAAUGGGACUUCCCAAGAGCUGGUGGCCGUGUCAGGGCGCCAACUCUACUGGCCCCUGGGGUACCCUCCUCCUGACAUCCCUAAAUGUGGCUUUGACAACGAGGACCCAGCCUGCAACCAAGACAACUUUUCCACCCUGGAGGUGCUGGCUUUGGUGGGGAGCCUCUCCCUACUCAGCAUCCUGAUUGUGUCCUUCUUCAUCUACAGGAAAAUGCAGCUAGAGAAGGAGCUGGCCUCCGAGUUUUGGCGGGUACGCUGGGAGGACCUGCAGCCCAGCAGCCUUGAGAGGCAUCUCCGGAGUGCGGGCAGCCGGCUGACCCUGAGUGGGAGAGGCUCCAAUUAUGGCUCCUUGUUAACCACAGAAGGCCAGUUCCAAGUCUUUGCCAAGACAGCAUACUAUAAGGGUAACCUCGUGGCUGUGAAACACGUGAACCGUAAACGCAUUGAGCUGACGCGGAAAGUCCUGUUUGAACUGAAGCAUAUGCGGGAUGUACAGAAUGAACAUCUCACCAGGUUUGUGGGUGCCUGUACAGACCCCCCCAACAUCUGCAUCCUCACAGAGUACUGUCCCCGUGGGAGCCUGCAGGACAUCCUGGAGAAUGAGAGCAUCACCUUGGACUGGAUGUUCCGGUACUCACUCACCAAUGACAUUGUCAAAGGAAUGCUAUUUCUCCACAAUGGAGCCAUUUGCUCCCAUGGGAACCUCAAGUCAUCCAACUGUGUGGUAGAUGGUCGCUUUGUGCUUAAGAUCACCGACUACGGGCUGGAGAGCUUCAGGGACCCAGAGCCAGACCAAGGACACAUCCUGUUUGCCAAAAAGCUAUGGACAGCUCCAGAGCUCCUGCGCAUGGCUUCGCCCCCUGCCCGGGGCUCCCAGGCUGGUGAUGUGUACAGCUUUGGGAUCAUCCUCCAGGAGAUUGCCCUUAGGAGUGGGGUCUUCCACGUAGAAGGUCUGGACCUCAGCCCAAAAGAGAUCAUCGAGCGUGUGACUCGGGGCGAGAAGCCCCCCUUCCGGCCUUCCCUGACACUGCAGAGCCACCUGGAAGAGAUAGGACAUCUGAUGCAGCGGUGCUGGGCUGAGGACCCACAGGAACGGCCACCCUUCCAGCAGAUCCGGCUGACGCUGCGCAAGUUUAACAGGGAGAACAGCAGCAACAUCCUGGACAACCUGCUUUCCCGCAUGGAGCAGUACGCCAACAACCUAGAGGAGCUGGUAGAGGAGCGGACACAGGCCUACCUGGAAGAGAAGCGCAAGGCCGAGGCCCUGCUCUACCAGAUUCUGCCUCACUCCGUGGCUGAGCAGCUGAAGCGUGGGGAGACAGUUCAGGCGGAGGCCUUUGACAGUGUAACCAUCUACUUCAGCGACAUUGUGGGGUUCACAGCCCUGUCGGCAGAGAGCACACCCAUGCAGGUGGUGACCCUGCUCAAUGACUUGUACACUUGCUUUGAUGCUGUCAUUGACAACUUUGAUGUGUACAAGGUGGAGACUAUUGGCGACGCCUACAUGGUGGUGUCUGGGCUCCCAGUGCGCAAUGGGCGUCUGCAUGCCCGUGAGGUGGCUCGCAUGGCGCUGGCCCUCCUGGAUGCCGUGCGCUCCUUCCGCAUCCGCCACCGGCCUCAGGAGCAGCUGCGCUUGCGGAUUGGCAUCCACACAGGCCCUGUAUGUGCUGGCGUGGUAGGGUUGAAGAUGCCCCGUUACUGCCUCUUUGGGGACACAGUGAACACAGCUUCAAGAAUGGAGUCCAAUGGAGAAGCCCUGAAGAUCCACUUGUCUUCCGAGACCAAAGCUGUCCUGGAAGAGUUUGAUGGUUUUGAAUUGGAGCUUCGAGGGGAUGUGGAAAUGAAGGGCAAAGGCAAGGUUCGAACAUACUGGCUCCUAGGAGAGCGUGGGAGUAGCACUCGAGGCUGACCUGUCUCCUCUGCUAUCCUUCUGCACCUCCCUUCCCUGGGCCAGAGGCACUGGAGGUACCAGGCCUUCUCAUGUCCACAGCAGCCCUACCAUUGUGGAAGGAUCAAGGAUUGGAGAAGCGUUCUGAACAGCUCUGGUGUGCAAACCUAAACUAUCUCCCCAUGGAGACCUAAGAUGUGGCCUCUGAGAGUGGACUGGUGUGAGGAACCUCACCGCUCACAGGAGUCACCGAAGCAAAUAGUCACACACAGUGGUGCACAUGUAUGAACACACACACACACACACACACACACACACACACACACCACCCCACUGGAUGUGGAUUCCGGAACCCUCUACUUUGCUACACUGUGACUUUUGUCAGGAGAGAAAGAAACCUGAAGUGAAUGAAGGGAGUCUGGGAGCCCAGAACUUGGCGUAGUCCACAAGAGCCAACUAUCACCUCCUAAGCUAAUAGUAGAUAUAGUGCCAGGGGAACAAGAAGGGAUUUGAGCCUGUAUGCCUUGCUCCUCCGUGAGUGGAAACAUUAAAAGCGUUCUUCCAGUGA